CUCCUUAGGAUUUGACUUUGUUGUUUAUCGGACCAAUAAUGGCAGAAAGAACAUCGUUUAGUAACGAAGAAUACGCAGAUAUUCUAUUUUAUUACGGAGCUGCUAGAGGAAACGCUGAACAAGCUCGUCGUGAAUAUGGCGAAAUAUUCCCUAAUCGUCGACUGCCUGAUGCCCGCGUAUUCUCCCGAACAUUCCGACGGAUGCGAGAGCGCGGAACCGUCGUAAGAUACCAAGGUGACGCAGGUAGACCUCGACUGGAAGUCGGGGACGACGAAGAGGAAAUUUUAAAUCAUUUCCAAAUAGACCCUACGCUGUCUACAAGAAUGAUAGCUCGUCGUAUGGGACGCUCUCAAUGGAAGGUGUGGUACACUCUACACGAAAAUGACCUCCAUCCUUACCAUUACACACCUGUUCAGGCCAUAGAAGAAGGAGAUCCUUUCAGAAGGAUGCAGUUUUGCAGAUUCUUACUAAAUGCGGACGUUGAAGAUAGAAAUUAUCUUAAAAGAAUUUUAUGGACUGACGAGUCCAAGUUUGAUAAGGACGGUAUUACAAAUUAUCACAACGCUCAUUAUUGGAGCGUACGUGUCAUGGGUAAUCCACACCUAAAAAGGCAAAAAGGUUCACAGAGAAGGUUUAAUCUGAAUGUGUGGAUGGGAAUAAUUAAUAACCGCUUGAUUGGACCACAUUUCCUACCGCAAAACCUCAAUGGGGUUGAAUAUGAAAGUUUUCUGAGGAAUGUUUUUCAUGAAUUAAUGGAAGACAUGCCGUUAGAAACGAGGCAAAACAUGAUAUUCAUGCAUGAUGGCUGUCCUGCGCAUUUCAGGCUAGCUGUGAGAAGUUGGCUAGACCAACAUUUCCCCGACCGAUGGAUAGGUAGAGGUGGUCCAAUACCAUGGCCGGCACGUAGCCCCGACAUCACACCCAUGGACUUCUUCGUUUGGGGUCGAAUGAAAUCUUUAGUUUAUGCCACAGACGUCCCUGUACCAAACAUUGAAGACUUGCGCAACCGAAUUAUAAACGCAGCGCAGGAAAUUCAAAGUGAACUUACAGACUCAAGGGUUGUGAAAACGGGUGUCGUAAGAAGAGCACGAGCUUGUAUUAGGAAUAAUGGUGGGCACUUUGAAAAUGAAUUAUAAACAGUUUUUUUUCAAUAAACUUAUUCUUUAGUA